CGCUCAGUGGGCUCUCUGGGAGCUGCGGGUGGGAGUCCGCCGGAGAAGCUGCUAAUGGAAGGAUGAGGCUCCCCGGAGAGUGAGACACCCCGAAAUCCGAGAGGAGACGCCGUGUCCUUCACGGGCUGAGCGGUGUGCACCGUGACUUACGGGAGAGAGAAGCCGGGGUUGGGGGGAGAGGAGAAGACUCUAAGAUGAGUAAGAAGCCUCCGGUUCGCCCUGGAAUCACAUUUGAGGUUGGCGCUCGUUUGGAGGCGCAGGACUACCUGCAGAAAUGGUAUCCAUCCAAGAUAGAGAAAAUGGACUACGAAGAGGGGAAGAUGUUGGUUCACUUUGAACGCUGGAGCAGUCGAUACGACGAGUGGAUUCACUGGGACAGCACCCGCAUCCGUCCUCUCGAAAGACCUGCCCUGCGAAAAGAAGGACUGAGGGACGAUGAGGAGGACGUCGAUUUUAAUGAAGGAGAAGAGGUUCUAGCCCGUUGGACGGAUUGUCGAUAUUAUCCUGCCAAGAUCGAAGCCAUAAACAAGGAAGGAACCUACACUGUGCAGUUUUACGAUGGGGUUAUUCGUUGCCUGAAGAAGAUGCACAUUAAGUCUAUGCCAGAAGAUGCAAGAGGCCAGGACUGGAUUGCAUUAGUCAAGGCAGCUGCUGUACUGGUCAAGAGCAAGUCUUCUAACAAACCAAGGACAAGUGUGAACAGCAAUAAAGACACUAAAGAAGAGAAGAAAAUGCACAAACUAUCUUUAAAGAAGGAAGAUGUCCCUAUCGGUAAAGCGGUGGAACUGUUCCACAAGGAAGAGGAGCCGACGUCGAGCAGGACCCUGGAGAUUGCGUUAGAAGAGGUUCCCAAGCUGCCCCUUCAGUCUCGAGAAGAUGAGGUGUUACUGAAGAGGAAGAUCAGCCAAGCCAGCACCUUCCAAGCAAAGCGUGCCCGGCUAAACAAAAUAACAGGUUUAUUGGCCUCGAAAGCCGUGGUACUUGAUGACGCAGAAAAGAAGCAGCAAGCCACCGAACAGCCUGCAAAGCAGGAAGAGGCCAUUACUCCCAAACACCAGAGUCAAAUUGAAGCAGAUAUAUGCCAUUCUAGUACGGCAGCGAAACCCUUGCUGUUGCCGCCAUCUUUGUCUUCCGGGAAGUCUCGCAGCAAGAAAGACAAACAGGAGUCUGUGGAGGCCUCAGGGUGUAAAAAGUCCCCGUCAUUAUCCAUUACUGACCCACUGCUAAACCAAGGUACGCCGCACAACUCAAAUCUUUCUCGGCCUUCUGGGCGUAACAACCAAAGGCGAAGAUCGCGGCGCCUUACAUCGGAAACCUCUGGUGACGUUCUCCGCAUGCCUUUCAGUGAGGGACAAAGCCUUUUAAGUUACACAGAAACUCCGCAAGACCUUUCCAUACCUAAGGUACCCGAUGUUGCCUUUGUGCCUCAGGAGACGCUUGAACCACUUGACCUAAGCCGUAACGUGGAAAUCAAAACUCCCAUUAUCCCAGAAUCCACCUACCACUGCCCCACUAAAGAAAAGGAACCCUUACAAAUGAUAACCUAUUCUCCAAAAGCAAUAGCUGAUGGCAGAAUAGCCUCGACGUCAUCAGCACUGGAGUCCCACGCACUUUCCUUACACACCACCCUGGCUUUGCCGAACAACUUGAAGCCGCCUAAAGGAAGCAAGAAGAAAAAGUCCUCGGGCGUCUUGAGCACGGAAAUGACGGUGACGUUAUCGGCCACUGCAGCGGAAAACAAACCGCCCGAUCGCCUGCAGGAAAAGAUAAUGAAGAAAGUGAAUGACAAAGACAAGCAGCCGGACAUUGGAGUCGUUAAAUCGGAGAAGAAAAUUAAGUCUGAAGACAAAACCUCUUCUGCUGCAGGUAAGAAAAAAGAAAAAGAUAAGGAGAGAAAAGAGAAGAAGGAGAAGGAUCACUCAAAAUCCAAACAGAAGAAGAAGAAAAAGAAGAAGAAGAAAAAACAUUCAGACUAUGAAGAGGGCUCCUUGGAGUUCUUGGAUAGAAGCUCCUCUCCAGUCAUCCGCUCGUCCUCCAGCGUGACUGCCCCAAACAACACGCUGGCAGUGAAGGAUAGCACCUUCCAGUUCCCGUGUGCCAUCCUGUCCGUGGAUCUUACUGGAGAAAACCUUUCUGAGAUGGAAUUCCUCGAGGACUCCUCUACCGAGAGCCUGAUCCUCAGCGGGGACGAGUACAAUCAGGAAUUCGACUCUACAAACUUUGAGGAGUCGCAGGAUGAGGAGGAAGGCGUCGGCGAGAUCGUCCGAUGUGUGUGCGAGAUGGACGAAGAGAACGGCUUCAUGAUUCAGUGCGAGGAAUGUCUAUGUUGGCAGCACAGCAUUUGCAUGGGGCUGCUGGAAGACAGUAUUCCCGAGCAGUAUAUCUGCUACGUGUGCAGCGACCCACCAGGUCAGAGAUGGAGCGCAAAAUACAAGUACGACAGAGACUGGUUUAAUAAUGGUCGCAUGUGCGGUCUGUCCUUCAUAAACGAGAACUACUCCUACCUUAAUGCUAAGAAGAUUGUAUCCACGCACCACCUCCUGGCCGACGUGUACGGCGUGACUGAGAUACUACAUGGAUUGCAACUAAAAUUUGGGAUUUUGCAGAACACAGACCACCCUGACCUCAGACUUUGGUCCCGUCCAGUGAAGCCUCGGGAAGGAAGUAAAGGAAAAGGUGGAAAGAACCCUAGAGGGCCAACAAACAAGCUGGAUGCCACGGAAGAGACCUAUAUAGCCAACGAGCACUGCUACCAAAAGCCCCAUGUCUCCGGCGGCGAAAACAAGACGCCAAACGACACCGGAAAGUCUGGGGAUAAUAACAGAGUAAUAGUGGACGGUCACAAGAGCAGUAUUUACACAGAGGAGAAAAGACGAUUAUCAGAUCAUAUCAGUGUAGAAAGGAGGACGGAGCAGGUUCCCAGGGCUGAAGACACAGGGGUCUUCCAGUUCUCCAUUGUAUCACUGGAAAAUCAGGUGGUAUCGACUGACGUGUGUAAUGACAGGAGAGCAGCAGAGGAGCAGCUGGACGCUCACCUCCAGUGGCAGCUCAAUCUUCUCACCCACAUAGAAAGUGUCCAGAAUGAGGUCACCAGCCGCAUGGACCUCAUAGAGAAGGAAGUAGAUGUCCUAGAGAGCUGGCUGGACUUCACUGGGGAACUGGAGCCCCCCGACCCCCUGACGAGGCUGCCGCAAUUAAAGAGACGCAUGAAACAGCUUUUAAUAGACAUGGGCAAAGUUCAGCAAAUCGCCACACUCUGCUCCGUAUGACGAAAGAGAAGACGGAGGGAUUUGGCUGCGGCCACGGGUUGAACUAUUUUCUUACUUAGGAUACAAAGUUUGUACAGAUUUUAUUGACAUUAUAAAUAAAGUAUAUAUUAUAUUAUUAUUUAGUAUUAAUCCUUCACAAGGAUUAUAAACCAGAGGUGGCCGAGACUCUUCAGACUCUUCAUAUGGUGACUUUUCUUUCCAUGGAUAAGGAUACAAGAUGUGCUCUCCUCUGCUGAAGGGGCGGUGGUAUUACAUCCGAAUUCAGAAUUUCCUUAAAACAACGCCCCCCUUUUUCAUUUCCUUGCUGAUUUUGUUUUGCUCUUGACGUAAAGCAGUGUUGCAGUUAUUUGUAAUAUUCCAGCUUAGUACAUGUUUUUCUUAAAGGACACCUGUUAGCAGAUUUAUCCCUAUGACACUGGCCGACCUGUUACAUGUGCACUUGGCAGCUGAAGGCAUCUGUGUUGGUCCCAUGUUCCUAUGUGUCCACAUUGCUCAGAAAAAUGAUGUUUUAAUAUAUGCAAAUGAGCGUCUAGGAGCAACGGGGGCGUUACCAUUACACCUAGAGGCUCUGCUCUCUCUGCAACUGCCGCGUCCUCUGCACUUUGAUUGAUCGGGCCAGGGAUUAAUGAUCACAUUUACAUUGCAUGGUCCUGUCAUUGAAACUGGAGAGGUUGCAGCAGUUGCAGAGAGAGCAGAGCAU